GUGAGAAGAGAUGGCUGCUAUUAGUACUAGCAGCAGCCACGCUGAUGUUGCAGCACAGUACUGCAUCAACUGAUGAUGGGGUUGGGAGCAGCCGCCUGGCGAAGCCCGGCUGCUCAGACAAAUGUGGCAACGUCAGCAUCCCCUACCCGUUCGGUAUCGGGAAAGCCUGCUCCUUGGACUUGGAGGGCUUCCAAGUUUACUGCCAUCCAGAUAACAUCGCAAUACUAAACCCUUUCGGCACACCUCUAUUAGAGAUCAAUCUGGCAUUUGGCGAGGCUCGCGUUCAGAAUUACAUAGCACGGGCCUGCAACAUUACCGAGUCUGGUGAUUUUACUAACAAAUUAUUUCCGGUUCGCCGUUCUUUCAUGGUUUCCAGAACCAAGAACAUAUUCACAGCAAUUGGGUGUCAAACCAAUGCACUCAUCGCAGGGGACAUAGUGACACCCAUUGAGGGGGGUGGAGGAGAUCAUGAAUUCUACGUUGUCAGUGCAUGUGGAUUAUUCUGCAGCCUAGACGACACCUAUAUUAAUAGUAAUAAUAGCGCAGUUUGUUCUGGCAGAGGUUGUUGUCAGUCUGAACUUCCAUCAAACCUGAGGUCGUUCUUCCCCAUAUUUAUAAACCAGAGCUCCAUCAUCAUCACAGAUCCGAAUUUCAGCCAGUGCAGCUACGCAUUCAUCUCUGAGAAAGGCUGGUUUACAUUUCAUCCUUCCUAUGUCAGACCACACGGUUUUGAAAGGGUAUAUCGUCGUCAAGACAUGGCUCCCUUGGUCCUCGAUUGGGUUGUUGGGAAUGCAUCCUGUGAAGCCGCCAAGCAGAUGGGAUCAGCAUAUGCAUGCGCUGCCGACAACAGCAUAUGCAUCGAUGUGCCCGGUGCUCCAGGGUAUCGCUGCAACUGCUCUCCAGGUUACGAGGGAAACCCGUACCUGGACGGAGGCUGCACAGACAUCAAUGAGUGUGAUUCCCCGUUCCAGCAUCGUCCUUGCAUUAACAAUACCUGCACCAACACCAUUGGGAGCUACAACUGUUCCUGCCCUGCGGGAACUCAGAGCAAUGAUCCGAGGAACAUACCCUGCACUCCAAUUCCUGCCCCGAACAAUAAGCAACCUCAAGUGAAGGUGGUUAUAGGCACUUCUAUCGGCUUCGUCCUCCUCAUUGUUUGUAUAUCUGCUCUGCUGAUCCAAUGUCAAAUAAAGAAGUUGGAAAAAGAGAAGGAAAAGUUCUUCAAACAAAAUGGUGGUAAUAUAUUAUACCAACAAAUCCUCUCGAAACAAAUCGAUACGGUGAUAAUAUUCACAAUUGAAGAUUUAAAGAAGGCGACAAAUAAUUACGAUAGAAGUAGGGAACUAGGCAUAGGUGGCCAUGGCACUGUCUACAAGGGCAUUCUAGAUGAUAACAAGGUAGUAGCUGUGAAGCGGUCGAAGAUUAUGAAUGUGGUUCAUGCCGAAGAAUUUGUGCAGGAGAUUAUUAUAUUGUCGCAGCUUAACCACCGGAAUGUUGUCAGACUUCUGGGCUGUUGCUUGGAAGUGGAAGUGCCCAUAUUAGUUUACGAAUAUAUUCCAAAUGGAACUCUCUUUCAAUUGAUCCAUGAAAACCGCGGUAGAGCACCAGUUUCAUUAGAAGACCGUCUGAGGAUCGCUCAAGAAUCUGCUGAAGCAUUGGAAUAUCUACAUCUUUCCAUCAACCGCCCUAUUGUUCAUGGAGAUGUGAAGUCUCUUAAUAUUCUUCUAGACGACAAGUUCAUGGCAAAAGUGACCGAUUUUGGGGCAUCAAGGAUUCUUCCUAAGGAUGAAGUUCAGCUCAUGACAAUGGUCCAAGGAACUCUAGGCUACCUAGACCCUGAAUACUUGCAAGAGAGAAAAUUGACAGAGAAAAGUGAUGUCUACAGCUUUGGGGUUGUGCUUCUAGAGCUGAUCACAAGGAAGACAGCAAUAUACUAUGAGAGGCCUGGUGAAGGGAAAAAUCUUGCGUCAUCUUUUUUGGAAGCGAUGAAAGGUAACAGAGUUGGAUGUAUGUUGGACUCUAGCAUAAUGGCCGUGGGAAUGGAGGAAAUGUUCCAAGAGGUUGCUGAGCUGGCUAGUGGAUGCUUGAGCUUGGAAGGGGACGAGAGGCCUUCCAUGACCCAAGUGGCUGACAAGCUGAAGGCUAUACGAAGUGCCUGGAGAGAGGCAUUGUUGUUGAAGCACGAAGAAACUCAGAAUCUAACUGAGAAGGUGGGCUUGGAUUCUUCUAUUUGUGAGCUACCGCCUAGCAGUUACUGGACAGCGCGAAUACUGGCGCUGAAUAUCGAAACGCCACAUGUGGACCCUGCUGGUACUAGUUAGGCAUCAUGUAGUCACGGAAUUAUAUUGUAGAUUUUUAGCUCAUCAUCAAUGGUGUAAAGAACUAAACCAUGUAGCGCAAUUGCUUACUCUGUAUUUUUGUUGGGAUGUUUCUGUAUUUUCGCUGAUUACUGUGGGGAUUAGUUGAAGAGUUAUUUUUGUUCUUCUUGAUACCAAAAAAUAGGUAAUUUGGAGCCUA